AAUCUUCUCAAAUCAACUCAACUUUCUUCGAUCUCCAUCAUCGGAUCUCCAUCACCAAUCAUUUACAAAAGAUGGGAGACGAAACGGUGGAUACCAUCGAAGCCAAAUACAUCUCCGGCCUCAGCGCCGUCAUGGUCGCAACCAUCCAAGAAGCCAAAGACAGAAUCUCACAGAUCGAGUACAUUUUCUGUAGCCAGCUGUUCCCAAACUUCCAAUCCAAAUCCAAAGCCUUUGAAAAGGUUUACUCAGACGCUCGUCUCGCUGCUUGUGAGGCUUGGAAAGAGAGGGAGAAGGAUCUGUUGUCACAGAUUGAAGAGCUUAAGGUGGAGAAUCUUGGUUUGGUUAAGGAGAAGGAGAAGUUAUCUGAAGAACUUGUUUUUAUGCCUUUGAGGAAGAGUGGAUUUGAGAACAGUGUGGAGUUGUAUAGUGGGUUGGUGAAGGUGUUGGAGGUUAAGGGUUCGGAUGUGGUUAGUGAAGAUGAGGUGAAACGGUUGCUUUCGGAAGUGGAGAGGGUUAAGAGAAAGGAGGAGUUUUUGGAAGAGGAGGUUUCUAAGAAGAGUUUGGUGACGGAGAAUCUGUUGAAGAAGGUUGAGGAGCUGUCUGCGGAAGUUGCUGAGAGAGAGAGGAAGUUAAGGAGCUUGGAAGAGAUUAAGUCUGAGAUUAAGGAGAAGGAGAGGCUAUCUGAGGAAAAUGAUAAGCUUGUUUCUAUGCCUGUGAGGUUGAAGAGACUUGAAGACUACAUUGCUUAUUUGAAAAGGAAGUGGAAGAGUAGGUCUGAGGAAUUUGAGAACUGUAUAGAGCUGCAUACCGGGUUGGUUAAGGUGUUACAGGUUAAGGGUUCGGAUGUGUUAAGCCAAGAUGAGGUGAAGAUGCUGCUUUCUGAAGUGAAGAGUCUUAAAGAGGGACUUUCUAAGAAAACAUUGGUUACGGAGAAUCUGUUGAAGAAGGUGGAGCAUCUGUCUACGGAAGCUGCAGAUAACGAGAGGAAGUUAAGCGACUGCGAGGACCAGAAACAGAGAUUGACAACUAGGUUGCAGGUGUUUGAGGAGAAUGUAGGUAGACUAGAGGAGAUGUUAAGGCAGAAGACUGACGAGCUCGAGGUUUUGCAGGAUAAACUCAACUUGACAGAGAAAGGCAUGUUGGAGUGUAAACAGAAGAUUGCAGAUCAUGAGAAGGAAAAGACAGUGGCUAUAGGGAAAGCAAUGGCCUUAGGGGAAGAACUUGGUGGUAUGAAUAUGCAGGUCAAAGAUAGAAGCUACUUGGCUGAGUUAGAAGCUUUACGCUGCCAGAGUAAGGAGAAAUCAGUAGAGUUAGCUGCGGAGACAAAGAAAAGAAAUGAAGUGAUCAGUGCUUACAAAAAGCUGAAGUCCCAAUAUAACUAUCUCCGCAAAAGGUUCGGGCUUACUACUGAUAGUGAUCUUCAACAAAGCCAACUUGAGAAUGAGAGUUACCAAAAGGGACAACAUGAGACACCAACCAUCUCAAAGUCUCCUGAGAGGAAACAGCCAGAAGCAGACAACGUGAGGAUUGGUACUGGCUCGAGGAUCAACAAUGAGAAAGAAAGUAUAACCAAUACGUUGCGGACACCUACUACUUCCAUUUCACCCAAUACUCGGUCACCUGGUAUAAGAAGUGACCCUUCUUGUGCAAAAUCUAUACAACUUAGCGGAUCAAAGCGUCUAGCUUCCAUUUGGAGAGACACAAGGUCACGCCAAUCCCCUGGAGGCAAAGACCCUCACGAUGAUUUUCUAGACACUCCCAUCGAGAACAUCAAAAGAGUCGCUGUGGAAGAAAAACAUGUCCCCCUUGUUGCUGCUGAUUCAGACGAGGAGACACAGGACAUGAACCCCAAACCGAGUCCCUCGAGGCAGAGAAUCCAAGUGGCGGAAACGAGUAAAAAAAGUUUCAAGCAUGUGGAGUCAGUGAGGAAGAAAGCAGAGAGAGAGAAUCUGAAAGGGAUAGAGUGUAAGCAGUGCAAGAAAUUCUAUGACGCUGUUCAUCCUGAGAACGAAGGGAAUGGUGGUAAAAGCUUGAGAUGUGAGCAUCAUGAAGGUGUGUCAAGGCAUCGUUACAAGUACGCUCCUCCUAUGACUCCUGAAGGGUUUUGGAACAUCGGGUUUGAAUCCGAAAUGUGAUAUGAUUAUGUUUUUGUCAAACAAAAAG